CGUCAAAAUGGCAACGCCACAGAAAUAAACAAACAAGUGCGGCAACGAGAUUGCCACAAGCAAUCGCGAAAUAGCACAUUUAAAACAAAGUUAAUUCCUCGCAAUCGAAUUAAAAUAAGUACCAAAUAGCGUCUUAAAACAUUAGACACCAUUUUUAUACAAUUAACAAACAAAGAUCGGUCUGGUUUGUGGUGUCAAGUUUGGAAACCGAAUAACCGGUCAUCAUAACCUCAAGUUUGGCAGGCACGCGCGCUUCACAUUGGCAACAGAAUGUCGGGAAUAUUGUUCGAAGAUAUUUUCAAUGUGAAAGACAUGGACCCAGAAGGGAAAAAAUUUGAUCGAGUUAGCCGGCUUCACUGUGAAUCCGAAUCGUUCAAAAUGGAUCUCAUAUUGGACAUCAACUCGUGGCUUUACCCUCUGGAACUGGGAGACAAAUUUCGCCUCGUUCUGGCAACGACUCUGCACGAAGAUGGAACAGCAGCCAGCAUGGAGUACAACGCUGCAGAAAUAGAAGGAUCGCGUGCCGACAGUUUCGAGUACGUAAUGUUCGGCAAAGUUUACAGGAUUGAAGGUGACGAUUCACAGACCGAGUCUUCCAAUCGGCUGUCGGCGUACGUUUCGUUUGGUGGUCUGUUGAUGCGAUUGCAGGGAGAUGCCAACAAUCUACAUGGAUUUGAAAUUGAUCAACACAUGUUUUUGCUAAUGAAGAAGCUGGCGUUUUAGUUUGUAUUCGUACCUGAGUACACUUAACAAGGAACAAA